AGCAUCAUUUUGCUGAAACACAACUCCAUGUCGCAACUAAUUCUUUCAUGGUUGAAUGAUGACGUUCGACUGUCCCGAAAGGUGACAGCCUUCGAGCGUGACUUUGCGAACGGGUAUCUUCUUGGUGAACUGCUCUCCAAGCACGGACUCCUUCAGAAUUUCGAGGAGACCUUCACCAACGAGUCCAACCUGACAGCCAAAAGGCAGAACUGGUCCAUUGUGCAGGAGGUUCUCCAAGCGGCUCCGGAGCUGGGUGUCAAGCUCACAGAUGGACAGGUACGAGAAAUGAUGGACGAAGAUCGGGGUUCGUCUUUGAAGCUUCUGUUCCAGCUGAGACGAACUCUGUGCUCAAAGGCGAUUGGUUCCGUCAGCUUGCCAACGAAGGGUGGCCAAAGCCAACCUCGCUUACAAAAGCAAGUGAAAGAGGAGCCAGAGGAGCAGUUCUUUGACCAGCGGUUGAAGCAGUUGCGACCCAUCGAUCAUAGGUAUCCCUACGAGGUGCAUGGGAAGCACUUUGUGGAUGAGCACACCCAGCAGCUCGGUCGUGCACGAGAAGGCGAACUGCAGGAGAUUCAGGAGCGAAGAAAGAACGUGCAGGACUUCCGCUUGGCACAGCACGAGAAAAUGCAGCGGAGUCAGGCAGCCAAAGAAUUGGCCAAGAAAGCUGGUGAGCAGCAUUGGCAGGGUGUUCAAGAAAAGAAGUUCAAACUUCUGGAGAAGGAUUUAGAUUUCGAGAAAGAGAUGAUCCGCAGAGACCAGCUUCGGAUUGCUGCAGUUCGAAAUCACUACGAACAAGAUUGCGGCUUCAGGGAAGGUAGCGAGGACUUUGGGAUCGCCUGGUUCGAAAAGAACCUUCAACGAAUUGGCAUUGAUACGUCAGAACACUCUGGAACAGAUGUCGCAACGAUCGAGGCAGCUACUCUCAAGGAGCUUUAUGAGAAGAUGAACGACAAGCUCCCGACCAAGGCAGCUUUGCAGAUUGAGUCCGACAAACGUAUGGCCAAGAUCCGGGAGACCAAACGCGAGACGGACAUCGCGCGCAAGGAACGUGCGAGACGCCAGCGUCGAGUGCAGGUUGAGCAGCAGGCCACAGCCGCAGCUGUAGAAGCAAAGAAAAGGGAAGAGGAGUUGCAAGCUCAGCAGAUGCUGGAAGCUGCGAGGCGGCAACGCGAAGAAGCGGAGGCCGAGGAGAAGAAGCGUCGAAAGCAGGCGCAGUGGGAGGAAAGAGUCGCCAAAAGUGUGGCAUACAAAGAUAAAUUUGAAGCAGAGUCAGAAGAGGCUUGGCAAAAGUUUGUCGAGAAGGCUCGAGAGGAAAGAGCAAUCAAACAAAAGCACCAGAUCACAACCAAGUUCGAGGAUGCGCCCGAGGAAGUCUCUUCUGAUGAGGAGAAACCCGUUGUUGCUGCUCCACCAGAAAGGAAGAGGGGAAGUAUAGCAGCGCACAUGGCCAGCAAAGACAAAAGCAUGAGUGAAGCACAGUCUGUGAAGGACGAUGAAUCACAUUCCGCCGCUCCCCAGAUUGAGAUUGCUCCCGCAGAGGAGCUCUUGAGCUGUGCAAGGGAGACCGUGAUGAUGGACUACUUGUUCGGGCGUGGGGAUUGGACGCGCUUCAUGCCGUCCGAGGAAGAGACUGUAGCGGGACUACGAAGAGCGCUGAGCCGACUCGGUGAAGACGGGGAGGCUGUUGGGGUUCCCCGACUCGGUAGCGUGGUCCAAUGGCUUUGCAAAUCUUCGCCCAGCCACACGCACCAGGCUCUCCCUGAGGUUCGAAAUCAGGCACAGUUAGCGAAAGACUUCUUGCCAGUGGUAGCUCUCGCUGGCAAUCCAGCAGGACUUUGCUCAGGUCAAAGCCCCUUUGCCGCUCCCUUGGCGGAGCGACUCAGUCAGGAGUUUGGCUUCUCGAUGAUCAAGCCGGGCGAGGUGGUGAGUGAGUGCAUGUCUUUGGCUGAAAAGCCUCCACAGGAGCCAGACUGGCCAAUUCUGGCUCGCAUGCGAGAGCUUGGCAAAGAAGCACUUGCACUGAGGCCCCAUGGGGUUCCGCAUGCGAUGCUGGCAGAGAUGAUCUUUCGGAAGAUUGAGUUGCUCUCUGCACCGGCGCCGAAGCCAGUGGAAGAAGAAGAUCCCAAGAAGAAGAAGAAAGACAAAAAGCAGGAAGAAGCACCAGAGCCGGUGAGGCCGAAUGGAGUGCUCAUCCUCAACUUUCCCUGUGAGAUUUGGCAAUCUGCCAGCUGGGAGGCAUCCUUGCAAGGAUCUUGGUCAACUCUUCUCAAGGCCCACGAUGCCGAAGAGAAUCACCAGGCACGGUUGAGCACGCUCCUGGCGCCGUUCUGGAUCGAGGACAUUGCGGCGCCGGUUCUGAAAGCAGAGGAUGCGGAAGUUGCAGAAGCGGCAGAGAAGGCAGACUUUGAUCCCAGCUGUGUGCCAUCAGUUCGCAUCGUCAGGCUCCAGUAUCCGGAUGAGGCCACACUACAAGCAGCCAUCCUGAAAGAGGUGGAGAUGGCUCCUGGUUUGUCCAAGGUCCCGGCUGAGUUUGAUGCGGCCACUGGUGCAUUUUGUCAGGGUGUGGAUCAGGAGAUCCAGUCUUCGACCUGUGCAGCAGAUCAAGCUUGGCUUUUCGAGUCGGCCCAGGUCCUCAGCCGCUCCUUUGGAGUACCUUUCCACAACUGCCAUGACGUUCUUGUGCAGGAUGGGGAGGAUGGGGAAGAGACCGUUCCAGCAGCGGAGGCUUGCUUCAAGACGAUUCGUGAACUGGUGGCCUUCUGGAGGAGGCCUAUGGAACUGCCCGAGUCCGAGCCAGCUGCCUCGGAUGCUGCGGACGAAGCUGUGGCGGACGUGCCGGUGGAAGCGGAGGCGGUCCCAGACGCCAAGGGCGAGGAGGCGGUGCCAGAGGCAGAGGCAGCACCCUCGGGUGCGGAUGUGGAGGCAGAGGUGGCAGAGGUGGCAGAGGUGGCAGAAGCGGCUGAGGGCGAGAAUGAAGAGCCUGAUGAACUCUUUGAGGACGUUGAAGACUUGGAAAGCCACCAGGUGGGCGACACCAUCGUCAUCGCCGAAGCGUACGAGACAAGAGAGGACUUUCACACACUGUGGCUUCAGGGCCUUUCAUCGUAUUUGCUUGGCAUCAGAGAGACUUUACAAGAGGUGGAUGAUCUCGCAGGUAGCUUCUCCAAGGAUCUCGUUUACAUCCAAAGGAGGUUCUUGGAGUUUCUUCAACGCCCAGAUGACAAAGCGCUAGUGCUGGAUGAAUUCCUCCGAGGUUUUCCUUUGAGGAGAAACGUGGCUCCUGGUUCAAGACAAGCAGAUGAAAUUCAGGAACAACUUCAGGAUCUCACGGACAAGCUGUGGGUGCAUGCCAACCAUCGCAAGCAGGAAUCUGUCGAGGAACGACAGCGCUUGCUGACGGAUGGCUUCUGGGAAGAAAAGGCCAAUGCACACCUUCAGCUGUCCUACAAGCUCCAGGCCUUUGAACUUUGCCGCUUCAAAGUGGCAAUGGCAGUGCUGAAGUGGACUUACACUGGCGAAAAACAGGGCAUGGACUGUUUCGAUGUGAGCGCCCUUGAAGAACCGUCACCCGAACUAUCCUCUUUACAGGAGCUGGCAGCUUGGCUGGAGGAAUCGGCUGAACGUGCAGCUGCCGCUGAGCCCACAGGGAUAGAGCUUGAAGCCUCCACCAUGGACCACAACAUGGAACCCAUCAGGGAAGAGGACAGCUCCUUCCUAGAGGCAUCUGUGAGCAUCGAGAAGGAAGGUACUGAAAAGUCGCAGUUGGUAGCAGCUAUCCAAGCUGAACGCCGUGCUCUUUCCCGCAAGUGCCGAUCCAUAGCAGCUUGGACCUUUGCAAGACUGGAGCAGAUGAGGGCUCAAUACGACGAGAUCUUUGCCCGGAUGGAUGACUGGAUCAAAGAUCGAGUGCGAGAAGAGAAUGAAGCCAUCAAGGAGACCGAGCGGCAACUUCGAAUCGGUCGCUGGGAGGAUGAGGAGAAUCACCAUACCUUGGUGAGAACAAUGACUGUCCGGAGAUCCCACACCGGAACUAUCAAGCCUGCUCCAUCAAGUGCAGCCGGCAAGCGUCGAAGAGAUGUGCUUAAGGUCAUUGUCCCGAGGACCUUGGACGUCAAUGUCUAUGCGCCACCGAAGUUGUCAGUCUUGACCGAGAUGCCUACAGCCAGCACAAGACCAUCUUCAACUGCUUCUCAAGGCAUUGGCAAGACCUCAAGACCCUCCGGUCGUCCGCUUGCGCCAGAGAAGUGGUCCCAGGAGAUGAUGUGGGGCCUUCUGACCAGACUCUGCGACCUUGGAGCUGCAGGAGUGUGCGAUGCGGAGCAGCUUUUAAAGGCAUUGCUGGAACGCCGCCAUGGGGCUUUGGGCUUGGAGAACGAGCAGGUGAUUCCUGCCUCUUGGGUCGUGCGACCUUUGGCGGUGUAUCACCUUCUAUGUCGAACACUGGUGGAGCCUGCUUGGGGGGCCACCGGCAUUGACAUGACCGAGUUCUUCCUGGCCUUGGCCCACAACGAGAAUUGCAUAGCUUGGCCUACCAUGGAGGCCUUGGAAGCAACUCGUGCUUUCCUUUGCUCCGAGGAGUCAAGCUUGGGAGAAGAGGAGUUGGCAAUGUAUCCUGAUGUGGCUGUGUCCGAGGAACUCUUCGGCCAGCUGCCCCUGUGGCCGCCUGGAGUUUGUCCACCUGAGAUUCGCAGAUGGAUGUUCCAAGUCUUGGUUUGCUUUGCAGAGGCGGAAGUUCGCUUGCCGCCAAAGCCUGGAACUGGCGAAGGCCAAGGAGCAGAGGCAGCAGUCACUGCCAGGAGGAUCUUUGGAUACUUUGGCUUAGCGGCUGCUCCAGCAAGAGCCUUUAGCCAAUACUGCAGGCUCUUACUGCCUUCAAGCCUUUUCGCUGCCUCAGAAGAAGAUGCGCAGCCACAGGUUCUGGUGAAGGACCUGUGGACAAUCCUGUACAGUCAAAAAACUCGACCACCUGCAAUGAUUGCGCCUGUGCCUGACCUGGCCACCUUCUGCAACAACCUCUUAGAUGAGGGCAAAGUGCCAGAAGCAGUGCCCAAAGCAAAGGCAAAGGCCAAGGGCAAAGCAAAGCAGGAGGUGGAGGAAGAAGUAGAACCACCAGUCGUACCAGAGGAGGCCACAGUUGCAUUCUCCGAAGAGGUCUUGCUUUCGCGGCAGACGGUCAUGAAAAGCCUUUGCAGUCACGGUGGCUUGUUAUGUCGAAGACGUGGCCUGGAGACACUCUUUCCAAGUGCAGGCAGUUUUCAGCUCAAAACCGCGGCGGAGGCUGCUGCACUGAAGGAGUUGCAAUCCUUGGUGCCUGAACCAGAGGUGCCUGAAGCAGAGGAAGAGGCAGCAGAAGCCUCCUAGAAUCCUCCUGAGAACCGCCAGAAAGUUUCACAAGCAGACUGGUUUCUUUUGCAAACACGUGAUUUUGUUGAAC